AGGUGGGUUCAAAUGACAGAAUUUAAAGGACACAUUUAAAUUAAAGAUAAAAGUGUAAUUUUUGAUUGCGUUAAAUUGUUAUUUCAAGUUAAGCAAGUCUGGUGAUAAGCGAAUAAAUUUUAUUCAAAAAGUUGAAUUCAGUCUGCGGUGAACUAAAAUGUCAAUCAAAAUCGGUCAGAACUUUUAUUAUUUUACAAUAUGACGGAUAUAUUUCGAUGCAGUUGCGAUAACAUAAAUAUUAUUCGUUUAUUAGAGUAAUGAACGAUAAAUACAUAAUCGGAAAGAGACUCAAUAAACAUGACAUAUUUACUCAAACAGAUAAAAUAUAGGUAUAUAUAAAUAACAAUGAAAAAUUAUAAAUUUACACAAUCUUUCAAAUUUUGUCUCCGGGAGUUGUUAUCGUAAAUAUAGUAAUAACAAGUAAAUAUUAUUGUUAACCGAUAAAUAUAUGCCGGAGUAACCUACUUUGGGCUGGAGUUACGAGAUGCGGUUAACAAUUAUAUUUUUCACGGUGACAAUAACAGUAUGGGCUUCAGCCCAACAGGAGUUGCCAGGUCAAGUCGGUAGUGGCUUGUCUGAUACUGAUGGCAAUGGCGAAAUCAAAAGUAGUGACCGUGGUUUUGGUGAUAGUGGCAGUUUUCGGAGAAAUAAGGCUGUGAUGGACCACAAAAUUAUCAAAAAUCACAAAUUGAAGAGUAAACAUUCAUACAAGAACCAUUUUCAAGCGAGAAGAAGAAAUCGUUAUGGGAGAGAAAAUCAUCGUGGUAGUGGUAACUGGGGAAAAAAUCAUGGUGUUAAUGUUGUAAACAAUACUGUGGUCAAUAAUAUUGAAAACAAUAAUGGAAACAAUCUUGGUCCUGGUGAAAUAACUAAUACUGUGGUAAACAACAUUAGUAGUAACGUCGGUAAUUCUGAUGGUAUUAAUUACAGUUCAAAUUCAGUGAGCAGUAAAGAUCGCAGUGCUGGUGGUGAUCCUCAUGCUUAUAAUUUGGUAAAAAGUAAUGUUUCUAGUACUGCCGGUAGUAAUGGUAAAAAUAAAUAUGCUCCCAACUCAAUAAAUAAUACUGUCGUUCAUGCUAAUCCUACGCGGAAUAGAACUUUAGUAGAAAAUACUGUUUUGAACAACAUUAAUAACAACGUUGAAGGUAGUGAUGGAAAUCAUCAACUUAGUUCUAAUUUAGUAAAUAAUAAAGUUCUUAAUCAUAAUAAUAAUACAGUUAAAAGUGACAGUAACGCGGUAAAUAUUACCGUUCCUAGAGAUUCUAAUAACAGUGCUAAAAAUACUAUAGCAGAAAAAACUGUUCCUGAAGAUAGUAAAGAUGGAAAAGCUAAAAUUAAUCCAGUGGUUAAAACUGUUUCUGAUGAUAGUAAAGAUGGAAAUGCCGAUGAUACUUUAGUAGAUAAAAACAAAGAUGGAAAUACAGAUAAAAACAAUACUGUUCUUAGCAAUCCUACUAAAAUUGUGAACAUUACAGUAAAUAAAACUGUUCCUGAUGUUAGUAAAGAAAGAAACAAUACUAUUCUUAGCAGUACUAAUAACACCGUUGACACUGCAGUAAACAGAUCUGUUUCUAGUGAACUUAAAGAUGAGCUCUCUGAAUUUAAUUUGUUAAACAGUACUGUUCGUUGCAAUAAUAAUACGGUAGAAAACGGCAACAGUAGCUUAGUGAUCAAAGCCGUUCCUUCCGAUAUUAACAAAAAUGUAAGUGAUGUUUCUAGUUUAUCAAACAGUACUGUUGGUAACGGCAAUACUAAUGUUGGAAAUGAUACUUCAACAGUAACUGUAAGUGAUAAUUCUACAGUAAAACCUAUCAGUAAUAAUGGCACUAGCGUUGACAGUAGCAGCAAUUCAACAAAUUCAACUAUCGUUAAUCCAAAAAACACUACUGAAAUUGCAACAGAAAACAGUCAGAAUAACGUGACGGUAGCCAACACUAAUAAUACGGUAUCAAAAGCAAUUGACUUAAAAAAUGAGGCGGUGCUGGUUACUGUUGAUAGUACCGAUCGCACUGGAAGUAAAACUAUUGACGCAAUUAUAAUCGGAACUGGCAAUGCUAAUCCAGCAGUAAGUACUGUCAAUACUCCUGGCACUAGCGUGAAUAUUAUCAAACCUAAUACGGCGACUACGACAUUGCUUCUACAAAACGCGAUUUUGGACACCAUUAGUAACCACAGAACUACUUCUGCUGAUACAGGUCGACUUAUCAAUUUAUCACCAGUUACCGAUAUUAAAGCCAAAUUGGUAAACGUGGAAAAUAUCGUUUCCUACAUGAUGUAUCACCCACCGAUAUUGUCGUUUAUUCUGUAAUGCUUACUUCGAUUCUUCGUAAUUGUUUAUUUAAAACUUGGACUGCACAAUAAAGAUUUUUUAAAUAGAAAAAAUGACUUUUGAUGGAAUUUUGUCU